AUGAGGCGAGUGAUGUUUGUUUUCAUCUUCUUUUUCUUGUUUCAGAAAACUUAUGGGGGUACAGUUGUCAAAUUCAACACCACUUCAAAUCAUAUGGUAAUAACAGACAACAAUGUUGAUAUUCAAAACUCAUAUUUCAUGCGAUUUAGUGUACAUGCAUGCUAUGAUCAACUGUUACGUCUAGGGAGUGUCGGACACCUAGCUUCAAACUCUUAUUUUCUGGAGGUAGUGUUAACGCAUAGUUAUAUAGGUAUUAGAGAUAAUUGUGGGUCUUGUGGAGUAUCAAAUGUCAAAUAUCUUAAAACUUUCGAUUGUUCAAACAGUUUUAAGUUCUGGAUGUCUUGGUCAGAGCCAGGUGUAGUGGAAAUCGGUACAGAUUAUGAUAUCAAUCAGAACUUAGUGACAAGGUACCAAUCAAACACUCCAUUUAAUGUGGAGUUUAUCACUCUUCGGUCAUAUUAUAGACCUGGCUAUUGGAAUGUCAUAAAAGAUGAUCCACCUGACGUUCUCUAUCCAAAUCCUACAGGAACAACAACCGUGUAUGUGAAUGAGACCAUGCCCAGUGAUUCACCAAUUCUGAGUGUGGUCGUGACAGACCCCGAAAAUGACAGCAUCGCGAUAGUUUUGCUGACUCAUACAGAAUUAUUUGAUAUCUAUAAUGAAUCUUUAAUUUUGAAAGGGAAGCUAGACUAUGAGACAACUACAUCAUACAAUAUAUCACUGAGCAUAACUGAUGGUUUAAACAAGGUGCUUGUUUGUCUUAGUCUGAUUAUAGUAGACGUUAUUGAUGAACCACCUAGUUUAUUCGUCGCAGAUAACUUUGAAUUAGAAGAAGAACUCGCAAUUGGUACAGAACUUAGUGGUCUUUAUAAUGUUACUGAUGCAGAUGAUGCCGACACAUUGGAGUUCGUCUUAGAAGGUGAAGACUCUUAUAAAUUCGAUAUGCACACCAAUACCGGGACCAUCGUAGUCAAGGAUCGGAUAGACAGAGAAGCUUUUAAUUCAUUUGAUCAACUAGGGCCAUUAGUUAUCAAAGUAGUAGACUCUUCAGGGUUUACUAGCCAAGCUUCAUUAAAUAUAACUGUAAUGGAUAUCAACGACAAUCCACCAGUGUGUGUUGUUUCUCCAGAACGUGUCACAGUUUAUGAAGAUCAUUCCUCAGAGACACCAAUCGCUAAUAUGAGUUGUAUCGACGAAGACUUACCGAACAAUACGCAUAUUACUUAUUCAGCAAUUUCUCCAGAGCAUUUAAUCAACGGUAUACGGUUUGAAAAUGACAUUUUAGUAGCCGACGAAGGUGCUUUUGAUCUGGAAAUUCUAAAACAAAACAACAUCUCUCUGGUUAUUCAGAUUAACGACACUCAGAAUCCAGUUCAUAACAAUUCGGUAUAUUUAAACUUGUUGAUAGAGAUCCUCAGUGUGAAUGAAUAUAAACCAACUUUCCUUUCUAAUGCAAAUGAAUCACAGAAACUGAUAACUUUGUGGAGUACCGUUCAACCGGGAGAGUUGGUGCACACUGUAUCUGCACACGACGAUGACUGGGGAACAGAUGGCAUUAUAACAUACUCCAUAACUAACAUAUCAUUUGAAAAUGACAUGACGAACCAUAGUAUAAAAGAUCUGUUAAGUAUCAAUUCAAUCACCGGCGAUAUCACCGUUAAUCGUAUCCUGGUCGACUGUACCAACACCACUUUAUAUCUAACUGUAGUAGCAACAGAUGGUGCUCUAUUGGCUAGGAGUUCAUUUCUGGAGAUCUCAUUCGUCAUAAAGGAUGCUUCAUUCUACUGGCCUAUUCUAGAAAAGGAACUGUUUACCGUGAAUGUUUCAUGUUACCAACAUCUAGAUGUUUCAAUUCUUCGCAUUGCAACAUCAAACCCUGAAGUAACAGUACCCGUUGUUUUUUCAAUGGAGCAGCACACAGACAAACAAUUUUUACUUAUCAAUGAAACAACUGGUGAUGUGAUUCUUGUUCAUCGACCAGAAACCGUUCCGUUUUGGAUCGUCAGUACACUCUGUGUAGCUAAUCCACUGGCAACUACCAAGUUUUCCAUUGGUUACCUUAUCAUGGAAUUUCCAUCAUGCACUUCAGGAACCUUUCCGACAAAUUCAACUGCCGAUCAAACUAAUGACUCGGCUGGUGAUACCUUCUGGGAGUUUCUUGAUGCGCUGCAGAAAAUAAUUCUAAUUAUUCUGUGUGGAGUGGAGACCCUUUUACUGGUCUGCAUAGGAAUUGUUUACCUCAUAAAAGUAAAGAAGUGCAGAACGUCAAAUGUUCAUCCACAUCAAGAUAAUGAUCCUCUGCGACCAAGUUCAAGAGAGUUUAGUAUAAUGUGGUAG